AUGAACAAGCCGGAAUUGAGCAAGGAUCAGCUCCGAGUCCUCAAGGAAUCGUUCGAGGCGUUCGACAUCGAGAAGAAGGGCAGCAUCUCGGUGGAGGUCGUCGGCACGAUUCUCGAGCUGCUCGGCCAAACGGUCUCGGAGGAGGAACUGAAAGAGAUCAUGGAGGAGUACGACGUGGACGCGUCGGGUCAGAUCGAGUUCGAGGAGUACCUCGAGCUGGCGUCGGAGUUCGUCGAACCGGAGGAGGACUACGAUGCGCUGCGGGCCGAACUUCGCGAGGUGUUCAUGAUGUACGACAAAAAUGGUACCGGCUUCAUUCCGCUGGAAACGUUUAAAAAGAUCCUGCAGGAGCUGGACGGCGCCGUACCGGAGAACGAGCUCGACGACAUCAUAGAUGAGAUUGACGCGGACGGUUCUGGGACGGUUGAUUUUGAAGAGUUCAUGGCGGUUAUGACCGGAGAGUAAGCGUCCGUCGUCCGUGUGAUGCCGUCGCCUUUGCUCCUGCACCGAAAGGACCUUCGUCGGGGAUUUCUGCCCACCCACCACUUGACCCCACUCGACCACGUCCUCCGUAUCUGCUUCCACGUAUACGCCCAAGGCACGAACAAAUGGGAACCGUGUGCAGUGCUGCCGCAGGGCAGGAGCAUAAUUAGGCAAUAACCAUACCACGGCAAAACUCCACCCACCGAACAGGGACCUGCUGCUUAUUCCGUAUGCAUAGCUGUGUGCCUUUCAUCCGAUGAUUACCAACAGGCGAGGUUUUAACGACAGCAACUCAACAAAAAAACACGCAAAAAAAGGGAGUUUUUGCAAUAAUAAAAUGUACACACAGACAGACACACAAACACACA